ACUUUAGUUCAUAGUUUAAGCGGCAAAUUAUUAGACGCUGACGGUCGCUUGCAGCAUUUUUGUGCGAAUUUUGUUUAUAUUAACGUCAAUAUUAAUAGAACAGUAAUACGAUAAUAUUUUCCUACAAAAAUUUGAUUGACUUUAAGUUUAAUUUUCCGUUUCUGUUUUUAUUAUGAUAUUAUUCGUGUUCGGCGUUUAAAUUAAAAACUACUUCGCGAGAAUUUGAGUGUUUUAAAUUAAAAUUUGAAACCUAAAGUUGUGAAUUAAAUUAUUUCAAAAUGAGCUUAAGUUGCUUAAGGAAUGUUUUGAGAUGCGAUUUGGUGAAAGUUUCCCCAUCAAGCGCACUGGUUGCGAAAGUUUGGGGACCUUGUGCUGUAAGGGAAGUCAGCACAUGCAAUACUCAACGAGCAGCUGUUUCACAACACAACACUAAACCAGAUUGGAACAGGGCCGUCAGUGAGGCUGAGAAAAUUGUUGGCUAUCCAACCUCCUUUCUCAGCUUGAGAUGGGUCCUGAGCGACGAAAUUGCGAAUGUCGCGCUACAUUUAAGAAAAUUAGUCGGCAGCAAUCAUCCAUUAUUAAAAACAGCUAAGAAUCUCUUAUACAAUGGCAAGAAUAACAUGCAAGCGUGGGGUCUCAUUGUACUACUGGUAUCCAAGGCUGCGGGUCACAGCCCCGAGAUACCAGACAUGGAGCAGGAUAAGGCAGCUGGAGUGUUGCACAGCCAACGUGCGCUCGCCGAAGUGACAGAAAUGAUCCGCACCUCGCACCUCGUGCACAAGGGGCUGGUGAACAUGAACGCGCGCCGCCCCGCCGCCGGCGACCCGGACGACAUGAUGUUCGGCAACAAGAUCGCCCUGCUCAGCGGCGACUACUUGCUGGCCAACUCCUGUACCGAACUUGCUAACUUGCGAAAUCAAGAAUUAGUAGAGCUAAUGUCGUCAGCGGUACGCGAUCUCGCCGAGGCGGAGUUCCUCGGCGAGAGGGAUGACCAGAACAAUCCUCUUCCUUCAAGACCUCUGCCGGAAGACCAGAGAGAACCUGCAUCAGAAUGGGAGUGCAUAACAUCCCCACUACCAAUGGCGGGCGUAGCAGGGUGCGCCCACCGCGAGUGGGUUGCGCGGCACGUGCUGGCCGCCGGUGCUCUACUCGGCAAAAGCUGCUCCGCUGCGCUUAAGCUGGCAGGGCAUAAUGCACAGCUGCAGACACAGGGCUACCUAUUCGGUUGCCACCUAGCGCUAGCCUGGCAAGCGUUCCUCGACCUAGAGUCGUUCACGGGCCCCGAGCCGAGCAGCUUCUCGCUAGUGGGCGCUCCACUCGCGUUCACGUUAGAGGCGAGACCCGAACUCUACGAGUAUAUAGAGGCUGGGAGACGCAGCGUGCACGAUGUGGAUUAUCAUGCUCUGUACGAGGCGGUGCUGUGCGGCAGCGGCAUCGAGCAGACGAAGCGCGUGCAGCGCGAGCACAUCUCGCGCGCCGUGCGCGUGCUCGACGCCUUCCCGCACUGCGACGCGCGCACCGCGCUCACCAACAUCAUCGUCGCUAUGCACCCUUGACCGGAAAU